AUGUCUCAGAAAGCUUCCUUCUGCUUGUCUUCUCUGCUUCGAAGCUGCCUCACUCACGCUGCUGUCUCGCAAGCCAAGCAAUGCCAUGCCCAGAUCCUGCUCCAAGGCUUACUUCCCAACGUCACUCUUCAAACGGAUCUCUUGUUGGUAUACUCUAGAUGCGGGUUUCUUCGCGAUGCACGCCAAGUUUUCGAUGGAAUGCUCCACAAAAACAUGCAUUCUUGGAACAUCAUUAUUGCCUCGUAUGCCGAUAAUUCGAUGUAUUCUGAUGCUAUAGCUGUUUUCCGUAAAUUUCAGCGGUUGGGUCUUAGGCCUGAUCAUUAUACUUUGCCCUCGCUGUUUAAGGCUUCUACUGGAUUAGGCGAUACUUCUCUUGGUAAGACAUGUCAUGCUUUAGUUAUAAAGCUUGGAUAUGAGGAAUAUGUCGUUGUUGGAAGUUGCGUGCUGGAAUCUUAUGCCAAAUCCGGGGUCAUGAGUGAGGCAAGGCGUGUGUUUUCUGAUAUGUCGUUUAAGGAUUCUGUAGUCUGGAAUUUGAUGAUUUCAACAUUUGCAAGGACUGGCUUGUACGUGGAUGCUUUGAAUUGUUUGAGGGGGAUGAUUUUGAAUGAAGUUAAAAUUGAUUCCAUGACAUUUCCAAGCGUUUUGAAUGCUUGCGGAAGGGAAGGGGACUUGAUUAAAGGGAAAGAAGUGCACGGUCAAGUCGUUAAAGGUUUCAUGCUUUGUGCAGAUGCUGCCGUUUGGAAUGCAUUAAUUGACAUGUAUGGAAAGUGUGGUUGCCUGAAUUAUGCAGAAAAGGUUUUCAAGACCAUAACUGAUGUAAAUCUGGUUACUUGGACUACUAUGAUAUCUUGUUAUGGGAUGCAUGGAAAGGGAGAAGAAUCUCUAUAUCUGUUUAAGAAAAUGAUAGAUGUUGGGUUCACCCCAAAUCCUGUUACACUCACAGCAAUAUUAGCUAGUUGUAGCCAUUCAGGUUUGGUCGAUCAAGGCAUGCAAAUUUUCAGCUCAGUUCAUUCAGAAUACGGAUUUGAGCCCGGUGUGGAGCACUAUGCUUGCAUAGUGGAUCUUUUGGGACGCUGUGGAUAUCUGGUGGACGCACUUCAGAUAUUGGAAAGUAUGAAAUCAUCAGCCACAACAAGUAUUUGGGGUGCCUUGCUUGCUGGUUGCAUGAUGCACAAGAUGUUAAAAUUGGAGAAAUUGCAGCUCAUCACCUUUUUCAUUUAG